UGUGCACCAAUGAGCAAAAGAUGAAUGAAAGGAUUAGAGCGAAGAUAAUGGAAGGAAAAUGAACCAUCGUCGCGCCAAUCUCCUGUAGUGGCGCCAAGUGAUAAAUCCUUCUGCUGAGCCGGUGCCUUUUCUAUCUGCCGUCCACCUGUCGGACCUCAGCCGAGUGCUGCAUUAACGUGGCUGUGCCCGUACUCGUGCAUGGCGCCUGAGCUUGGACGCGUCUAUCGGUGCGAAUCAGCAUGACGGCGCUACUCGAGGACAUCCACGAGGGUUUAGAGCUGCCACAACGAGUGCGUCGUGCGGCAUGUGUGAGGGGGAAGUAUGCCUACUACCACUACGGAUGCGACGGCCUCGACGACAGGGGCUGGGGCUGUGGCUAUCGGACACUGCAGACCAUCUGUUCCUGGGUGCUAUUCCAGAAGGCAGGGUGUGUUUCAGGAAGAAGCAAAGCCUGUGCCGAGCAUUGCCGAGAUCCAGGCCGCCCUCGUGUCCCUUGGGGACAAGGAGGCCCACUUCGAGGGCUCUUGCGACUGGAUUGGCAGCACGGAAGUGUUCCUCUGUCUCGACCACUUCUACCAGGUUCCCUGUCGUAUCCUCCAUGCCAGCACUGGUGGUCAGGUAGCCCACCACAUUGAUACCCUGCUGAGGCAUUUUGAACAGCAAGGCUCUCCUGUUAUGAUGGGUGGUGACUCUGACGCAUCUUCGAAAGGCGUCCUUGGAGUCUGCCAGACAUCAUCGGGAGAAUCCCACCUACUUGUUCUUGACCCACAUUGGUACAGAAAUGAUGCAAAGCACGGCCUUCUCGCCGGAGCCAAAGCUCAUCUGCAGCAGGACGGGUGGAUCUCGUGGCGUUCUCUGGGUUCCCUCAUGGAGAGUUCCUUCUACAAUCUGUGCCUCCCCUUGCUGCCUUCCACAGCAGGCAGCACUUUGUGAUCUCACUUACUCGGAUCAACACU